AUGGGCUCUAAGACACCUGAACAAGAGAGACAGUCGAACGGCGAUGGGCCAUCCGGCUCGAGCAAUGCGGCUUCCGCUGGAGGAGAACCCCGGGGAGUCCAUGUGUCCCGGGAUGGGGAUGGCAGCUUGGGAGACGGCGGCGAUGGCGGAGAUGACAAGGAUGGUGAUGCCGCCCUAAACAGGCCGAAUGGCGCUGUCGACGAAGAAGCAAUGGCGCAGCCACCCUCUACAAAUACUUCUAAGAAGAAGAGAAGAAAGAAGUCGAAGAAGAAGACUUCCGGACCUAAGCAGUCGUCCCCUCCACGGAUCCCCAUGAUGGAGCUCUUCCCUAGUGGAAACUAUCCGGUUGGCGAGAUCCAAAGCUACGUGCCGGCGGUCGACAACUCAGCUCGAACGACCGCUGAGGAAACACGCCUGAAAUCGCGGACUCAGCUCGAAGAUCCCAAAUUCCUUGAUGAUUAUCGCAAGGCUGCGGAGAUCCAUCGUCAGGUGAGACGCUACACGCAGGAGACUGUUCGGCCAGGCCAGACCCUCACAGAGAUUGCUCUGGGCAUAGAGGAUGGUGUCAGAGCCCUCCUUGAUAAUCCUGGUCUUGAAAAGGGCAGCUGUCUGAUAUCUGGAAUGGGAUUCCCGACGGGGCUUGCGCUCAACAACUGCGUUGCGCAUUACACGCCCAAUCCUGGACAGAAGGAAAUUGUCCUCCAAGCGAGUGAUGUGAUGAAAGUUGACUUCGGCAUCCAUAUCAAUGGUUGGAUUGUUGAUAGCGCAUUCACCAUGUCUUUUGACCCAGCCUAUGAUAACCUUCUCGCUGCUGUCAAAGAGUCGACCAAUACUGGUAUCAAGACGGCUGGGAUUGAUGUCCGGAUUAGCGAUAUCAGCGCUGCUAUCCAGGAGGUCAUGGAGAGCUAUGAGGUCGAGAUCAAUGGCAAAACCUUCCCUGUGAAGCCAGUUCGGGAUAUCACCGGGCAUAACAUCAAGCGCUGGCAAAUCCACGGUGGAAAGUCGAUCCCUUUUGUAAAAAACAAUGACCAGACCAAGAUGGAAGAGGGAGAAAUCUUUGCCCUCGAGACAUUUGGGUCUACGGGACGUGGCUUUACACGAGAGGGCCCUGGCGUCUAUGGAUAUGGAAAAGACCCAUUUGCCCCAAGCAAGAUUGCGGCUCCUCUCGCCACGGCACGAUCCCUUUACAGGACAAUCAACGAUAAUUUCAGAUCGAUUGUCUUCGCUCGUCGCUACUUGGAACGACUUGGCGUUGAGCGAUACUUGGCAGGCGGGGUGGUAGAGUCUUACCCCCCUCUUAUGGACAUCGAAGGGUCUUUUUCGGCUCAGUUCGAACAUACUUUCCUGUUGCGGGAGACCGGCAAGGAAGUUAUUAGUCGCGGAGACGACUACUAG